AUGAAAUUUCAUCAUUCAGGUAUUGUUACGACUAAUGCACGUAAUAAUAUCUUAAUUGUUGAAAGAGAUGCUAUUUAUAUAACUGAAUCAGAUGGUCGCUAUAUACAAACAAUUGGCCAUCGAUCUAUUAAACAAUUAUAUGAUUUUAUUGCUUCAUUUCGUGAUCGGUAUAUAAUAACUAUUGAUUCAAAAGCAAUAGAUAAUCAAACAACUGAAAAUUGUCGUUUACUUUUAUUUGAUCCAAAUAAUGCACGUACUAGAAAACAAGAGGAUAAUGGUGUAGCAGAUAAUCAAGAAGAUGAUGAAUUAAUAGAAGAUGGUGAAGAGGACGGUUUUGGUCAUCCAAAGCUACGUGAUGAAGGUAUUCGAUCAGUACCAGCUGAUCACGAACGACGAUAUGGUCGUCCACCCACGAAAAAAUUUUUUGGAGAAAACCGCGGUGAAUCGCGGUAUCCUUUGAAUAACCGCGAUUCACCGCGGUUUUAA